GAGACACUCGGGGAGGAGGUGGAGAGUAAGUAUGAUAAAACAGAAGGGUAUUAAGGUUGAGACACUCGGGGAGGAGGUGGAGAGUAAGUAUGAUAAAACAGAAGGGUAUUAAGGUUGAGACACUCGGGGAGGAGGUGGAGAGUAAGUAUGAUAAAACAGAAGGGUAUUAAGGUUGAGACACUCGGGGAGGAGGUGGAGAGUAAGUAUGAUAAAACAGAAGGGUAUUAAGGUUGAGACACUCGGGGAGGAGGUGGAGAGUAAGUAUGAUAAAACAGAAGGGUAUUAAGGUUGAGACACUCGGGGAGGAGGUGGAGAGUAAGUAUGAUAAAACAGAAGGGUAUUAAGGUUGAGACACUCGGGGAGGAGGUGGAGAGUAAGUAUGAUAAAACAGAAGGGUAUUAAGGUUGAGACACUCGGGGAGGAGGUGGAGAGUAAGUAUGAUAAAACAGAAGGGUAUUAAGGUUGAGACACUCGGGGAGGAGGUGGAGAGUAAGUAUGAUAAAACAGAAGGGUAUUAAGGUUGAGACACUCGGGGAGGAGGUGGAGAGUAAGUAUGAUAAAACAGAAGGGUAUUAAGGUUGAGACACUCGGGGAGGAGGUGGAGACUUGUUCGGACCUGAACUUUGAUAGAAAGUACAACAUCCACAUAGGUAUUGCUCACACCCGCUGGGCCACUCACGGAGAGCCAAGUGCUGUCAACAGUCACCCUCAGCGGUCCAACACCGACAACGAAUUUGUUGUUGUACACAAUGGUAUCGUAACAAACUACAAAGACGUCAAAUCAUUUCUGCAAUCAAAAGGUUUCGAGUUUGAGUCGGAGACGGACACAGAGGUGAUCGCGAAGCUUGUACAACAUGUGUUCAAUUGUCACAAGGACGAUGGGGUGACUUUCCGCGAAUGUGUCGAGAUGGCGAUACAGCAACUGGAAGGAGCAUUUGCUUUAGCUUUAAUGAGCACAAACUACCCUGGGGAGUGUAUAGCUACAAGACGAGGCAGUCCUCUAUUGGUUGGGGUCAAGAGCAAGGCCAAGCUGUCCACUGACCAUAUCCCUAUCCUCUACAGCAAAGCUCAACACAGACUUGGACCCGAUGGUUUUAAAGACGUUAGCACUACAGAAGAUCACCGUGGAUACGUAGGAUCCACUCAGAGGGUGGAUAGCACGACAGAGUUCCACCCUAUGGGCCCAGAAAGAGAGGUGGAAUACUUCUUUGCUUCUGAUGCUAGUGCCAUCAUUGAACACACAAACCAGGUAAUAUUCCUGGAGGAUGAUGAUGUCGCCUCUGUAAAAGAUGGCUCUCUGUCCAUACACCGCGUCAAACGCAGCAUAGACGAGUCAACUGUCCGCGAGGUGAUCACACUCAAAACAGAGAUACAAGAGAUUAUGAAAGGUAAAUUCUCAUCCUUCAUGCAGAAAGAGAUUUUUGAACAGCCCGAGUCUGUUAUCAACACAAUGAGGGGGCGUGUCAACUUUGAAAACAAUCAGGUUGUUCUUGGGGGCAUCAAGGAUUUCAUGCCUGAGAUCAGGAGAUGUCGUCGAAUGUUGUUCAUCGCCUGCGGGACAAGCUAUCACAGUGCUGUAGCUACACGACAACUGCUGGAGGAGCUGACAGAGCUACCAGUGAUGGUGGAGUUGGCUAGUGACUUCCUCGACAGAGACACACCUGUAUUCAGAGACGACGUCUGCUGUUUCAUCAGUCAGUCAGGGGAGACAGCCGACACCCUGCUUGCGCUGCGCUACUGUAAACAGAGGGGUGCCCUCAUUGUGGGAGUGACUAAUACUGUGGGCAGUAGUAUUUGUCGUGAGUCACACUGCGGUAUCCAUAUCAAUGCAGGACCAGAGAUUGGUGUCGCCAGUACCAAGGCGUACACAAGCCAGUUUAUUUCUCUUGUUAUGUUUGGCCUGGUCAUGUGUGAGGACAGAAUCUCCAUGCAGGAACGACGAAAGGAAAUCAUCAAGGGUCUCCACGACCUGCCAGAUCUGAUCAAAGAGGUGUUAGACAUGGAUGACCAGAUCCAUACCCUCUCCCAGGAACUCUACCAGCAGAAGAGUCUGCUCGUCAUGGGACGCGGCUACAACUUUGCCACCUGUCUCGAAGGAGCAUUGAAAAUCAAAGAAUUGACGUACAUGCACUCAGAGGGAAUCAUGGCUGGAGAGCUGAAGCAUGGCCCUCUGGCCCUGGUGGACAAAGCCAUGCCAGUCAUGAUGGUCAUCACCCGGGACAAAGUCUACUCGAAGUGUAUGAAUGCCCUUCAACAAGUAAAGGCAAGACAAGGUGAACCUAUCAUUGUUUGCAACAGCGGUGAUGUGGAAACGCAAUCGCAAGCCACAAAAUAUAUUGGUGUGCCUAAUACCAUUGACUGCCUGCAAGGCGUCCUUACCAUUAUACCAAUGCAAUUGAUAUCCAUGCAUAUUGCCACCUUAAAGAAUUUAGAUGUGGACCAACCUCGUGCAUUGCUGAAGACCUACACCUCACAAAGCUCCUAGGAGGAGGAUGUAUGCUGCGACGUUGUUUUCAUUUUAUCAUCCACCAUGGAAAACCAGUGGACCAGUUGUAUUGAUGUGGGUGUAUCCCAGUGUAGAUUUGUUUAACUAUGCAGUUUGGAUUGUAGGCAGUAUAAUUCAGUUUUGAGAUGAUCCUUGUGUGAUAUUUCUGGAAACUUAUAAACAACUUGUGACCUUUGAGAACACCCCUUUGUGUAUGAGUGAUAUACAAACAUUUUGUAGAUGUGUGUCUUUUCUGUAUGAUAGGACACAUCCCGUGGGACCAUGAACAUGAGUGACUCUACUUUAUCUUUUUAGUUGAAAUUAUUAACUUAUAUAUCAUGCUUUGUUUAAUUGUCAUGUAAAAUCCUGCAUACACCUGUGGUUUUGAUUUAAUCAAUGAUACAUACGCUGAUACUGUUUUUUUUUAUAAGAUGACAAUUUUGUCUUAAAUAUAGAAUAAUGGUAUCAAGUUUCCUGUCUACAUAUCAUAAAGCUUUGUGGCUUGAUAAACUUCUGUUGAGUGGUCAGUUCAGUCAAAAUGUUAUUUUUUACAUUAUCAACAUCAGUUAAGUGGGCAUUUUUUAGUCAGAAAUUUUCAGAUUGAUAUACCUGAACACAGGUAUUAGACUUACUGUUUUAUACCUGAACACAGGUUUAUGACAGUUUUCUGUCUAGGAUUAGACAAUAGGUUGUAAUCAUCACCUCUGUGUAAAAAGAUAGGUCACCUUCAUGUUAGUUCUAACACAACAAUCAAGGAUCAUUUUAUAUUCUAGUCUAUAACACAAAAAAUAUGUUCAAGCUAAUAUCAAGAGACAUUAAUAAGAAGAUUAUAUUUCUGUUUUUCCUAAAGUGUUAUGGUCCUGCCUCCAGUCUCAUUGAUGACAAUAAUGAUAGGACUCGGGUACAAUUUCUACAGGAUGCCUACCAGAGGCAAGGCUUUCAUACCUGUUUGACCUGAUUGAGCUCAGUAUGGGGACAUUAUCAUGCAUUGUAUAGUUCAAAUCAAAUUCAAAGUUCAAGUUGUUUUUGAAAUCAGCUCAAUAUUGGGAUGUGUUCAAUGAACCAGUUAUGACAAGCUAACUAAACUAUAUGGUAUGACCGUAAAACUAUCGUCCAUUUUGUUGUCCUCUUCACAUAUACCUGUGUGUAUCAAUUUUGUUUUACCUCGUGUGUAUAUAGGUUUUUACUUGAUAUAUGUAUAUAUAAUCAUCUGAUUUUUUUACCCGGUAUGUAUAAAUGUAACAGAUAUUUUUAUGUUAUUUUUGUCCAACCUUAUAAUUCUAUUGAUAACAAUUUUCCAUCUUCUUAUACAUCUAUUUUUACACUAUUGUUUAACUUCUGUUGUUGAGUUCUGCUCUGUUAAUUAUCUUGUGUUAACCUGGUAUUUUUCCUACUUAAGAUUCUUUUAAAGUUAAAUUAAACAAAUAAAACACACAAAAUUUUAUUUAUAUAUUUUACCUUCUAGACUACAUUUAUGAUGAACCAUGUACUGAUUUCAGUACUGACUUCAAGGUCAUACACAGACCAGUGGUUUGGUAUGGUGUACUGACUUUAAGGUCAUACACAGGCUGGUAAUUUGGUAUAAUGUACUGACUUCAAGGUCAUACACAGACCAGUGAUUUGGUAUGGUGUACUGACUUCAAGGUCAUACACAGACCAGUCAUUUGCUAUGGUGUACUGACUUCAAGGUCAUACACAGACUGGUAAUAUGGUAUGGUGUACUGACUUCAAGGUCACACACAGACUGGUAAUAUGCUAUGAUGUACUGACUUCAAGGUCAUACACAGACUGGUAAUAUGAUAUGAUGUACUGACUUCAAGGUCAUACACAGACCGGUGUUUUGCUAUGAUGUACUGACGUCAAGGUCAUACACAGACCGGUGAUUUGCUAUGAUGUACUGACGUCAAUUUCAUACACAGUCUGGUGUUUUGCCAUGAUGUACUGACGUCAAGGUCAUGCACAGACCGGUGUUUUGCUUUAAUGUACUAACGUCAAGGUCAUACACAGACCGGUGGUUUGCUAUGGUGAUUGCCUAGUAAUGAUACAGGUGUUUUAUGUAUUGUCUUGUUAAAGUAAUUCACUGAUGCUGGAAAGUGUCAUGUACUGAUAAUCUGACAUAUGUGUCACCAUUAGUAAUAUUGAUUACCUUUAUAAGAACAUAUGUGCAGUUUGAUUAUUAACACUAUGUGAAGUCAUUAUUUGUGUUUUGUUUUAUUAACAAUCUGUUAAGUUAUUAUUUGUGUUUUGUAUAACUUUUCCAAAGAAUCUGACAUACCCAGUAUUUAAAAUCUACACCUCAGAUAUCUAUUUUGUUUAUUAAGUUUUGAUACUAAAAAAAAUUUUGGGAUGUAUAUAUAUGUGAAUCUCAUACUGAUUCAGUUUUUUUAAUGUAUUGAAGGUGAAAGUCAUGUUAAAGGUUAUAAAGAGAUUUACUGACUAUACAUAGUUUACACUGUGGCACCAAUCCUUUUGUUCAGCCCAAUGAGGAUCAUGUUAGGAAGAAUUGUUCUGCACUGUCAGAUUUAGGAAUAAGUCUGGGCACUUGUUCAAAUUGUGAUCAAACCCAUUCAUAUGGCAUCUUUUCAAUAAUAUUGAAAUUACAAAAUAAAAUCACAUAUCAUCAAUAGACACAAAAAAAUAAAAAAUAUUUCUCGAUACAACGCUGAUGGCCAUUAUUAUGUGGAGAACGAGAUUGGUGGGUUUAUCACAGGAACACUAGGAUGAAAGUUGAACUGCUUCAGUAUCUAUAUGUACUUAUGUAUUGCCAGUAUAACCAAGAUUUGUGUACAGUGAGUAUUAUAUGUAUUUAUUUCAAUAAGCUAUCAAUCAACAGUGAUGUGAUGAAGAUUUGUAUUCCUGAGUUACACUUCCACAUAGUUUUCCUUGUUCUUGUUGGAAUGCACAGCUUUAAUAAAAAAAAAAAAAAUACGUUAUUGUAUAACAAAACAGUACAGUCAAUUACAACAUUUAUAUGUGGUAUUACUAAAAGUUGGCUUCAAUACAAAAUGGUCAUUUAAUGUAACAGAAUAUAUUUUAGAUUUAGGAAAUUGAACUAAUGAUUAUUGAUUUGUAAAACUGUCUAUAGGUCUCAAUUAAUUAUUAACCCUACUGCUUUUAACAACUGAUUGAUAUACUUUUAUAAUUAAAAAUGUAAAUUAUGUUGACAAUUAAUGAAUGAGUUGUGAGAUUUAUCAGGAAUGUUAUUUUUUUGUUAAUACACCUUUAUUUAAACCAUGGAUUCAUUGGAAAUUUACAAUUUGUGCCCAUGCACAACAUUUUGUUAUAUGUUUUGAAGUUUGUCUUUAGGUCUGAGAUGUGAUGAAGUGUGUGUAAAUGUAUAUACAGUAGUGUGUAAUACUGGUGUUAAAUCUACCCUACUUUACCCGUGUUAUUCUCAAUGGGUAUUAAGCCUCCCUUUUCUGUGUACCGUAUUACUUAUAAUUUGGGAGGUUUCAUUUUACUUUACAUGUAGUCUGAACAAAUCUGCAAAUUGUAAAACAUCACAAAUUCAUUGUCAUUCAGAACUGUUGAUUGUUAAGUGUGGCAAGAAAUUUAGAGUUUCUGAAUUGCUUCCAGAAACAAAAAUAACAGACUGGUGAUUUGAUAUGAUGUACUGACUUCAAGGUCAUACACAGACUGGUGAUUUGAUAUGUGUACUGACUAGGGGGCUAGCUACCAGGGGUUAACUCCUUCCUAGGGGCUAGCUACCAGGGGUUUACUCCUUCCUAGGGGCUAGCUACCAGGGGUUAACUCCUUCCUAGGGGGCUAGCUACCAGGGGUAAACUCCUUCCUAGGGGCUAGCUACCAAGGGUUAACUCCUUCCUAGGGGCUAGCUACCAGGGGUUAACAGAGUUAAAGUAGGGUAUAGUUAAUCAUGUAAUCGGGUGAUUUGUUCUCUAAAGCCUGUGUUCUGUUAUAUCUUCUUUCUAUGUACAAAGGUGUACAGUACAAUGUUACAGUACUCUUAGCAUGUACUGCAAAUCGUACAGUUCGUGUCACAGAGGUUUGCUAUUUUUACCUCAUUAGUAAUUAAUAUGUGAAUAUAAUUGAAUGAAUCUGUUUAGAAAAGUACUUUAAGUACUUAAGAAUAUAUUUUUUUUGACAUCUCUUCUUAUUCUGAUAAAACAAUCAUAAUUGUUUAUUAUGGGUCAUAGGAUAAUGCAUUAAUUAUAUAUGAUUUUUUUUAUCUUUACUAUUAUCUUAAAAAUUAAACUUCAAGAACAGUAAUUGAUUUAUCUGGAUAUAGAAAAAAAAUGGAAUUUAUAGAAAAUAUUUGAAGAUUCAGUUAAUGAUUCCAAAGUAAAUCUUUAUCAGCUAUAAUUAACGGUUCUGUCAGUAAAGAAGCAUUUGACAACAACUUUGAAAGUAAACAAACUUUGUUGAUACAGAGGGAUAUAGGUACACUUAGAGUUAGUCCUAAAAUGAGGGAUUGUAUUUCAUUUGUAAUUGUAAAUGGAAAAGAAUAAAAUAUUGCAAUGAUA